AUGACGGACUCCACGGCGCUCGGGCCUCCACCCGACAUGAAAGUGACAGAUCCAGGGGCACGACAGCUGUCUGAGUCGUCCGAUGACGAAGAUCAGUUCACAGAUGCGCAGUCCGGACCGGUGACGCCCCGAGCACAUUCCCCGGUGCCCACGACAAGGGUGGAAAAGGUUGAUAAUGAGCCUUCGUAUGGCGAAAUCCCGGGCACCGAAGCAUACGAGAAGAGAGAAGGAGACGCAGAUCCAGACGAGAUCGCCGUCAUCCCAGAUCGCGACGGCGCGAAUACGCCCCAGAACGAGCGAGGCGAGGAGAAUGAUGACGAGCCCCCCGAUGUCGAGAAUGCCGAGAUUCCGGUCACUGUGCUGGAGGAGGCUCCCGGUGACGGGCCCAGCCCUCGCUCAGAAGAAGCCGAAAGCAAAAGGAGUGCGGAUGCUGCACCAGAUAUUGUGAUCAGCUCGAGCGAAGAAUCUCCGGAAGGUGACGACGAUUUUGGAGACGACUUUGAUGAUUUCGAAGAGGGCGGCCAAGGUGACGACGGCUUUGACGAUUUUGAAGGAGAUGACUUCGAGCAACCACAGCAGCCAAGCACUGCACCUGCUACGAUCCAGCCGUCGACGUUACCAUUCCCCAUACCGGACUUUGAUAGUCUAAGCAUGGACGAAGUUAUCACCGCCACUGAACCGUACCUCGACACCCUUUUCCCGCCUCAAGAGCUCGACUUCAUCACCCCACCGCCACUUCCAAAGGACUCGACAACCUUCCUCACACCUCGCUCUGCGUCAUUAUGGUCCCAACUUGUGGCGCCACCACCUCUGGCGCCCCCGGACUGGAUCCGGUCCCGCACCCGACGACUAUUCCUCGUGUCGUUGGGCGUACCCGUGGACCUGGAUGAGAUUCUCCCAGCGUCCAAACAAAAGAAGCUGGUAUUGCCCUCACUAAACAUCUCUGCCACGUCACCUCGCACAUCGAGCGACUCACGGUCAGCGUCGCGGCUACGGCAAGGGGAUGGUAACGCCUCGUCGACCUCGGUAGACACGCAGGGCAGGCCGAAGGAGUCGAAGAGACGGAAAGGUGCCCCGCAGCAACCAGAGCUGGACUUGGUUGCCGCGAGAUACUUGUGCACGACGACCGAUGAAGCACUUGAUGGUAUGACGAACGAGGAGCUCAAGCAACACGUCGAGAAGCUGGAGUCCAUACAAGGCGCAGCAAAGGACGUUCUCGAAUACUGGCAGAAACGCACAGACGAGAAGAUUGGCGACCGUGAGGCCUUCGAGGGAGUGAUAGAAAACCUCGUCAAGCAUGCGCGGAAAGUACGGAAAUAG